AUGGCUGCCAACUCCUUCAGACUUCUCUUCAUCUCGCCAGACAUCAACCCCACCAACCGCAAAGCCAAGUCUAUUCCGAUCUUGAAUCCAUGGGAUCAGUAUGGUCGGGUGUUCUUCUUCUCAUGGCUUGGGUUCAUGGUCGCAUUCCUGUCAUGGUAUGCGUUUCCACCACUGUUGACGGUGACUAUCAAAAACGACCUGCACAUGACUCAAGCAGAUGUCGCAAACUCAAACAUUGUGGCGCUACUGGCAACGUUCCUUGUCCGAUUUAUUGCCGGACCACUCUGUGAUCGGUUUGGACCCCGCUUGGUCUUUGUGGGACUGUUGCUCGCUGGAGCCAUUCCCACUGCAAUGGCUGGUCUUGUCACUUCUCCCAAGGGCUUAAUCGCUCUACGGUUUUUCGUCGGCAUUUUGGGCGGUACCUUCGUCCCAUGCCAGGUCUGGUGCACUGGCUUCUUCGACAAGAAGAUUGUCGGCACGGCCAACUCGCUGGCGGCAGGCUGGGGAAACGCGGGUGGUGGUAUUACAUACUUCCUGAUGCCCGCUAUCUAUGACUCUCUCGUCACUUCCCAAGGCCUGACGCCUCACAAAGCUUGGCGUGUGGCAUAUGUUGUCCCCUUUAUCAUCAUUACAGCAAUAGCAUUGGGGAUGCUGUUCCUCUGUGAGGAUACACCAACGGGCAAGUGGUCGGAACGUCACCUGUGGGCAGGAAAGUCUCCCUCGUCUGACUUGACAUCUCAUGGCCACAUUGUCGACACUACCUCCGGGAAGACCUCCACCGGGCCUUCAGCUACGCCAUCGAUUCACACCAUGAACGCCAUCGACGUGGAAAAGAAGGGUGCCCAUUCACCUCGGAUCCUUGACAAUGAUGCUUCAUCAAUGGAUCAGAUCGGUAGCCUCCAGCAAGAAACGGUCGUUGCACCCACGCGCAAGGAAGCUCUUCGCGUCGCUUUGAGUCUCUCUACAAUGGCUCUUGCGAUUCCGUAUGCCUGCUCAUUCGGCUCCGAGCUUGCCAUCAACUCAAUUCUUGGAGCAUACUAUGCUGAGAACUUCCCCCACAUGGGUCAGACGAAGACUGGUCAGUGGGCGGCUAUGUUUGGCCUGUUGAAUGUAGUAUGUCGGCCGGCUGGCGGUCUCUUGGGAGAUGUGCUCUAUCGCUUUACAAAUACUGUUUGGUCCAAGAAGCUGCUGUUGACCUUUUUGGGCCUUACCAUGGGAGCCUUCCAGUUAGCGAUUGGUUUCUCGAAUCCCACUAGCGAGGCGACAAUGUUUGGUCUCAUGACUGGGUUAGCCUUUUUCUUGGAGGCGUGCAACGGAGCCAAUUUCGCGGUUGUUCCCCAUGUGCACCCUUAUGCCAAUGGUAUCGUCUCCGGUAUAGUUGGGGGCUUCGGCAACCUUGGUGGGAUUAUCUUCGCCAUUGUUUUUAGAUACAAUGGAGCCCACUACGGGAGGUCAAUGUGGAUUAUUGGUGUGAUUUCUCUGGCAGCGAAUGUGGCUCUACUAGGCGCCGUAAGUCUUCGGCAUCCCGAUAGACAGCACCGGCUUCGGGUGAGUACACCCCGAGGGCGGGCUAAUGCUCCGGCGAGAAACGAGGGGCAGGUGACUGGCGCGUGGAGUUGUUUCGCCCCUUCUUCUCAUUUCGCGAAAGAUUUGAAAGCAUUGUCUCGUCUUCUUUUCCGUACUUCAUUGGCUCUGGACUCCUUCUUCUUCGGCUUCGUCGUCUCAUCUCCUUCCCCGGACAUUACCCCGCGAAACCCUGCUCGAACGGAACUGCACAAAAUGGCUCCGGUUCGUCGCAUCGCUCAGAUUGUCCACCUCAGGCCCUCCGCAGUGGAAGCAUACAAGGAGUGCCAUGCCAAUGUCUGGCCGGAGGUCCUGCAACAGAUCAAGGACUGCAACAUCAAGGAUUACUCCAUUUUCUUCGACAAUGACCGCACUCUAUUCGCCACUUUUAAAUAUGUCGGUACGGACUUUGAAGGCGAUAUGGACAAGAUGCGGGCGAACCCCAAGGUUCGGGAGUGGUGGGCCAUGACCGAUGGCAUGCAGGAGAGCCCUAUCCCCGGCGCCGUGGGCAGUGCCGAUGGUCCCGGUUGGUGGAAGGUGCUCGACGAAGUUUUCUACACUGAGUGA